CCCUCUUGUCUCUUCGACUCCCACUCAGCCGCCGCCGCCGCCGCAAUCUCCGCAAGCGCGGCGACCGACCGACGGACGGACCGAGCUGCCCUAGCCAGCGGGAGCGCAGCCGGGAUGGAGAAGGGGGGCUCCGAGUCGUCCAUCGCAUGCGCGCGCUGCGGCAAGCCGGCGUCGCUUCAGUGCCCCAAGUGCGCGCAAUUGAAGCUUCCGCGGGAGGGUGCUGCUUUCUGCACACAGGAUUGCUUCAAGGAAGCAUGGAGCUCUCACAAGUCUGUCCACACAAAGCUAGAUGCAUUGGGACCACAGCAGUCCCCAGAAGGUUGGCAAUAUUGUUUGAAAAAAGGGCGGACACGCACAUCACAGCUUCCUCGUUUUGAUUGGACAGGUCCAUUGAGACCAUAUCCAAUAUCAAAGAUGCGUGUGAUACCAGAUAAAGUUGAGAAGCCUGAUUGGGCUCUUGAUGGAAUCCCCAAGAUUGAACCAGAUAGCGAUUUGCAGAAAAGAGUAGAGAUCAAAACCCCUGAGCAAAUUGAAAGAAUGAGAGAAACAUGCUUAAUUGCAAGAGAGGUUUUAGAUGCAGCUGCUCGCAUAAUCAAACCAGGAAUUACCACGGAUGAAAUCGAUAGAGUGGUUCAUGAGGAGACAAUUGCAAGAGGUGGAUAUCCAUCUCCAUUGAAUUACCAUUUCUUCCCAAAAUCAUGUUGCACGUCAGUUAACGAAGUCAUCUGCCAUGGAAUUCCAGAUGCCAGGAAACUUGAAGAUGGUGAUAUAGUAAAUGUUGAUGUAACUGUAUAUUACAAAGGAGUUCAUGGUGAUUUGAAUGAGACAUAUUUUGUUGGAAAUGUUGAUGAGGCUUCCAAACAGCUUGUCCGCUGUACCUAUGAGUGCUUGGAUAAAGCUAUUGCAAUAGUGAAACCUGGAGUUAGGUUCCGAGAGGUUGGGGAGAUAAUAAACAGACAUGCAUCCAUGUCAGGUUUAUCAGUGGUCAAGUCUUAUUGUGGUCAUGGAAUAGGGGAAUUGUUCCAUUGUGCCCCAAACAUCCCUCAUUAUUCAAGAAACAAGGCCGUGGGUAUCAUGAAAGCUGGGCAAACAUUCACAAUCGAGCCUAUGAUAAACACAGGAGUUUGGCAUGACCGUCUAUGGCCUGAUGAGUGGACAGCAGUAACUGCAGAUGGUAAACGGAGCGCUCAGUUUGAGCACACCCUUUUGGUGACGGAAACGGGGGUUGAAGUUUUGACAGCACGAUUACCCUCAUCACCUGAUGUCUUUCCAUGGUUGAAGCCAUGAUACCUUUGCUCUACCCAUAAGCACAAGCUAGCAAGUGAUACGAAUACAAAUGGAACAACACAAUUUUUUCAAUCUACUCAUCAUUCAGUCGCCAACUUCCCGAAGCAGAUAUUCCCCCAGUGAUAAUGCCUGUUAGUUCUGACGACUUUGCUGCGACUGUCGUUCACCCGACCCGACCAUCGUUCACCCUACCUAGUUUGUGUUGUUUUUGGCUGUGUUGAUUAUUUUGAUCGAUUUGUCAGUAUGACAUAAGGCUCUUGAUCUGGACACGGGAUUUAUCCAGGAGCACAUUUGUUAUUGAUA